AUGACGCGGCCAAAAGUUCGAAUACUAACGCAUAGACCAACAUAUUACAAGGUAUUUUACUCAAUUAACCUAUGGAUGGACCUCAAUAACCUUGUAGAUACUAACAAGGCAACUGAACGAUGGAAAAAGCUAAAGGAGAAAAUCGAGAAGUGUGGAGCAAAAGUUGAAGUGAUGGAACUGGAUGAGGACGCAAAGGAUCUUCCGGAUAUAGUGUUCACGGCGAAUGCGGGAAUUGUAGGAGGAAAACAAGUCUAUCUAGCAAAUUCCUAUAUAAAUUCUUUCCAUCAACACAAAUAUCUAAACUGA